AUGGCGGCGCCCUCAUUGGGAAGCUCUCAGGAGCAGCGCCGAUGGUUAGUGGUGGGCAUUGCUCUUCACCAUGUCCUCACUCCGUGCCUCAGAGAUAAGAUCAAAGCCGAGAUGACUCCAUUCUACCAGCAUUUGGUGCGGCACUUUGGACUGGACAAACAGACGUACCCGAAAUUCUUGAAGAACAUUCCACUUUCCACGGUAAACUUAAACUACGAGAGUAUCAACAACAACGACACUGCCAAACACCGUAGUCACUACGACUACUGUGUAAAAGAUGAAGUGUCUUUGGCCAAGCUCUUCAUGAAACCUUUCAUGGCGCAGUUUAAUGCAUUUGAUAGUUCCUUUGACUCUUCAGCAGUGCUUGGAGUUCUAUGUGGAGCUUUACCAUUCGCGUCGGUUCAACUGUUUGCUGAGGAUGUGAGGUUGAAAGUUCGUAACGAGUGGGCCCAUUGUGAUUUCACAGCUUGGACGGAAGCACAUUAUGACACUUGUUUUGACCUCAUGGAGGAUCUCGUAAAAAACGUGAGAAUUACUACCAGUGAUCAAGCAAGAGUUUUGGAUGAACUAAGAUUGUGGAGAACACAAGGUAGGCUGAACAAGAAAAGUAAACUAUUAAUCCUCCUAGUUUUUAUGUCGUAAAUGACAUCGCUGGUAAAUACCUAGCAAUGAAAUGGUUAUUCAGUCGUUAGGAAAUUGAUAACAAUCAGCUGAAAGCCAAGCAUAUAGAGCUUUAAAUUCUACCACUUUAAGUUCAGAUACAAAAUAAACCACUAGGCCGUCUAUGGUUAUCCUUGGGGACAGAAUACACCUCUCAUCUCAAUCUUUACUAAUCUUAGGCAGUAAAAAAAUUGCAGGAAUUAUGAAAAGAAAUUCCGAAAGAAAAAAUCCAACUGGCCUCCGUUUUAAAACUAAUUAAUUAUCAAUCACUGAACAAGGCUUUCGUUUUGAUCCGACGAAUUAUGGAGAUCGAGGAGGGUGUUAUCCACAUCGGCCGAUAACAACCUCUGAGAUCUGCAUAAUCAAUUCUUCAGAUCAUACAAAAGCCGGAUCCAAUAAUUGUUUUUAACAGUUGCUCAAAUGAUUCCUAGUAAAACAAGCUAAAAGAUGGUUACCUCGAUCGAUGAUAAAGUUCCCGUCUUCAUUUGCCGGUUUCUCGGCACAAGGGCAGAUUUAGGGGUAAGCCCAGGGGGCCCCGCCUCACCCUGUUGUCAGAUAUUCCCCGUCGAGUAUUGUAUUCUUUCUGUUCUUGCUAUGUUUUCAGUAGGCUGUUGUUCGGCUAUUUCUUCUUCGCCUGUGAAAUGUUCCGCCAUUUUCUACUUCUCUACCAAAGCAAAAUAACCUCGUCUCCUUUGGCCUCUCAGUUGCCGUUCCUUUUUCUGGCGAUUACCCCGAACUACGACGUCAUUUUCCGGAUUUUGCAAAAGUGUUCCAAAUUUGGUCAACGCUAGCUGGUUAGGAAGAAUUAGCCUUGGAUUUCAGCCAAUCAGAAACAGAAAUUUAUUUUGAAUGAAAAAUAGAACCAUCUGGGCGAAACUAGCAAAUAGCAAUAAACCCUACGUGAACAUUGUCUUAUGUAAUUAUAUAUUAAACUUAAUUGUCACGUUCUAUUCCGGCUCCGACUACUCGAACCCAUUACAUCUCAAAAACACUAAUAAAUAUCCUUCGCCCUAAUGAUAAAAAUGAUUGGUUUCAAAGACUUAGUUUUAAAAAUGGAGUUAAAAUAUGCGAAUCGCUUUACUCCAUAUUUGCUCUAAAACUGGAGGUAAAAUAAGUUGUAUUACCAUAAACGAGUCAUGAUAAACUCUACCACAUUGGCCAAUAGCUCCUAUUUGGAGUAUAAUAACUUUUAAAAAGUGAAUCAAGUGUAAGGGGUUAACUCCACCUAAGUAACUGUUAAAUGUCGGUCUUUCACGUGUGUAGAACAAAGAAAUAAUUCUCAUCAAGAGAUCACAAGAGGUCCCAUUUUGAUAUCUUGAUCUCAUUUCUUCUCCGAGCUAAUAACUCUUUACAAUACCUUUUGGGUGCCAGUCAACUAAUGAGAUACCGUGGAAGUUGUGAUAAUAAAGCUGCCUGGCCAUUUACUAGGUUUCUGUGCCAAAUUCUGAUGGAGUUUCUAGUCAAAGGCGAUAAGCAUUUCUGUUUUCAGUUCUAAUCUGCUAUUUCAAACAUCAAUUAAAUUUUCAAGUUGAUUAAACAUUUUUUCGUCAUAAAUGUCAUUUAAAAAUACCAUUGUAACAGAUAAACACUAGCUCUUUUAAUCUGUUUGAGUUCUUUCCUUUUUUACAAAAUGGUAAAACUCAAACUUUUUAUUUCUAAUGCCGCCUAGUUAUUUUUGAAGCUAGCGGGUACUCUAAUAUAUCCGUCUUUUUUGUUUGAAUGUUUAGUUGUUGUACUUGUUCAUUUUAUUUUCUAUACUAUAAUAUAGGACUGGAGAUAUGUCUUGGUAAGCCACUCGAUGACAAUCUUCUGCAAGUCAUUCGCAAGGAAGUUCAGCGACUUUCUGACUCUUUAGAUGACUGCAAGGAUAGAGAAGGUAAAAAUGUCAAAAGUGUGUGUUCUACUCUAGCCUUGUUUAAGUCUGAGUUCGAUCGAGCAAUACAGCUUCUAAAAACACAAUACUCGAAAUUGGAAUCAUCUUAUUCAGAUAUUAAGAACAACCAAGAUGCCAUCAAGGAAGAAAUAAGCUCUAGAGAUAAAGAUCAGGGUGAACGUCUUAAGAUGUUAGAAUUAAACAUGGAAAUGAGGCAACAACAAAUAGAUGACCUCUAUCAAGCUCUGGAAGUGAAAGGUGAAGUUAUGAAAAGAGAUUUAGAGGUAUUGCAGGCAAGGAUGAACACUCUUUCGCUUUCAGAGGGUCCCGAAGGUGUUAUCUUCGACGCUCCAGAACAAAACAAAUGGUUUACCGGUAGAGAAGACACGAUAGAGAAGCUUGAGAGACAUCUGACAUUCUCGACAAGUAAUGAAGGAUUGAAAACGAUAGCCCUUUGUGGUCUUGGCGGUUGUGGAAAAACAACUUUAGGGGCUAAGUUUGCGUGGAAACACAGGACUAAAUACAAGGGAGGUGUAUUUUGGAUCUCUAUGGAAGAUGACAAAAAGUUCGAAAAAUCCAUGAAUGACUUAGCAUUGCGCCUGGGAUUGUUGGCAGAUACAUUCGAUUUGACGCUGUCAAAGGUUCUAACGUGGAUUUCAAAGCGUAUAAAGCCUUGGCUUUUGGUUCUUGAUGAUGUUGACCAACUUCAUUUAUCUGAACAGAUGCACAAGGUUCUUUCUGGAAGAUGGAAGAGGCAAGCUGAAGGCCACGUCCUGCUUACCACUAGACGUGAACCAAAGGAAGUUUGCGAGUCUAUGGAUGUGGAAGAAAAUUGCUGCGUUCAGGUUUUUGCCUUCUCAGAAGAAGAAGCAAAAAGAUUUCUUGUUACCAGGUGUGGGGCCACAUUUUCUGGGAAUGAGGGGAAAUUAGAUGAGCUGGCUCGUGAGCUUGGAUGUCUGCCUCUUGCUUUAGAACAAGCUGGUGCUCAUAUAAAAGCUCUUCAAUGUCCAAUAAGUAUCUAUCUUGAAGAAUACAAAGUCCAGCGACUAAAGUUGUUGAGUCAGCAUCCCCGACCUAAGCCAACGUGGGAAUACGAAUCUGCCAAUCGUCUGGCGGUGCACACCACAUGGCUUUUAAAUUUUGAAUACGUCCGAAAAUCAACACUUGGAGAGCCAGCAUCCAAUUUUGUUCAGGCGGCGGCGUUUUUGGAAUCAGAUGAAAUUCAAGAUGUGUUGAUCAAUCCCCCGUUGCUCACUACUGAAGAGCCACCACACCCAGAUGGCAACUUUCCUGUUCACAAACAAAUAGCAGAAAUUCUCACAAAAUUUUCACUUUUCCAAAGGAAGACCUCCAAAUCUCUUUACUUACACCGUUUGGUUCAGGAGGUUAUUCGAAACAGAAUGACAGUGGAAGAAACCACCCUCUCUCUUAGCAGAGCAGUGAGACUUAUUCAUCGAGCUUUUCAAGAUUGCCCUUCUCCGGAUCAAAUUCUAAUGAAUAUCACAGCAAGUAUCCAAGGACAACCUUCAACAGCUGUAUCGGAUCCCUCAUUAUUCUUUUUGUGGUCGAAGUUAACUUGCCAUGCAUCCGAGAUUCAGCAGCACCUGAAGACCCUGCUGGAUCAGCCUGACAUCGAAAGAAACGUUAAAACAGUAGUGUUAACUCAAGAGGCUUCCCGUGUCGUAUAUGAAAAUGCUGUGCAGUUAAGUGUCCAUGGUCACAAUGAGGAAGCAAAGGAGACCGAACGUUUUGCAUUACAAAUUUUGAAUUCGUGCCCUUCAAGAAGCAGAAGUAUCUUGACUGUAGACGAGUUGAAAAUACUAUUCCCUCACACACUGCCUCUUCCUCAACUUUUUCAAAAAAUCAUUUUGUACUCUUCUACUCCCCCAGUCGAUGAUAAUGAGGAUGCAGGAACUGACAGUCAUUUGCUUAUUAAGAUUGACGAGUUUCGUCUAAGAGGAAACGCCUUCUUUAAAGAUGGACGUUUUAAAGAAGCAAUCAAAGCAUACACGGACGCUCUCGAAGUAAGAAGGAAAGCAAAAUACUGGGAUCCACGGCUACUAAACAAUCGUGCAACAGCCUAUCUCAAACUAGGAGAUUACGAAAAGUGCCUCGCAGAUUCCGAGCAGUAUAUUGCUCUCAGACCUAACUGCUGGAAAGGAUACACAAGAAAGUCAUUGGCUUUACAUGGACUGAACAAGGGGGGCUUCUCCAUGUGUUCCGCGGCAAUUGCUUAUUAUCAUGACGCAAAAAGUUGCCGACGUUACGAAGCUUUCCAAAAGGUGUUCAAAUACCUAGAUGAAAAAUGGGCAAUUGUAGAGUCUUCUGAAUCACUAAAACGCUACAUACUUGAAAAUAAAACCCCACAUUUGAAGAAGAAAGUCCUUCUACUGACAAAUAAACAAUACAAAAUUGAUGAUGGGCUUGUUUUAGAAGUGGAAGAAGUUCAAAAUGUUUUGUGCAAUCUCGAUGGUUCUAAUGACAUUGAAGGAACCACUUUAGCUGCUUAUUCUGAGAGAUCAGAAGUUACAAUCAGCUGUGGCGGACUUCGGUUAUGCGAGAAGUGUUUUGUACAGAACAUCUCCUUUCUAACGAAUAGUUCAAUUUUUGUUGCACCAGACGGAAAUGUAGAGUUCACCAAUUGCAGUUUUAAAAGCAGCGUUACUCGGAACUCAGCCGUUGUUGUUUACGGAAAAGCACAGCUUAAUAACUGCUCAAUCACCGACAGCCCCGGAGGAGGAAUCACGGCAGAAUAUGACACCGCGUCAGUGUCAUUGGUGAAAUGCAGAAUCAAUGGGAAUGGUAAUAAGCCCUUGGUGACAGCGGGAAUAAGAGUGAUCGACGAAGGAAGUUUAAAAGUGAACGAGUGCGUAGUCUAUGGAAAUACCGAAGGAGUCCUUGUUUCUGGAACUAAUUAUAACGACAGCAUAGCAAAGAAUGUCCUUAUACAAAAUUCUCGAAUUUAUGAUAACAAGUACGAUGGGAUUUGCCUUUCAGGUCAUCCAACUCGUUCUUUCAACGCUGUAGUUAUUCGUAAGAAUAAAAUUUAUCAUAACAGUGGAUUUGGCCUUUCCGUAACAUUUCAAGUCAACAACGUCACUUUUGAGGAAAAUAUGGUGUUUGAAAACUCCUGGUGGGGAAUUUGGGUGCAGGCCAACUCAGGUGGUUGCUAUAGAGGAAACGAGAUCUACAACAACAAAAUGGGUGGAAUAAGAGUUGGCAGACAAAGUCCAGGAAAGCCACCAUGUGUGUUAGAAAGAAAUUAUAUUCACGACAACUCUGGCCCUGCUUUCCAUGAAGGAUUGAAGCUUUUUGAAGGGUUUUCUUUUCCAGAAAACCUUCAGGGUUUUUUCCAAAUGUAUGACCUGGCGAUGGCAGUGGCUAUGUUGAGACGCCAGAAAGACGCUUUUGAGGUUGCCGUUCCUUGCGCAGUAUCACCUUUGUUCAAGUCAGACAACCGUCGCUAUCAAAAUGGUACUAUACAAAUCAACUUGCAGUCAAAGUCUUCUGGAACAAACUGUGCCUUUUGCUUUCAACGUGACAAAAAGUUGCUUUUCUGCAAAGCUUGCAUGACUGCUCGUUACUGCGGAAAGGAAUGUCAAAAGAUGCACUGGAGCAGUCACAAGUAUAUCUGCCAAGCUAUGAGACAGAAAAACACCGUGGAAGUUCAAUUUCCAAUAUACAAUAUGAAAAAGAAUGACUUUGUAUCACUUAUGAUGGUAUGGCUUACACAUCCGAGUCUGGAGCCCUCGGGACCGCAAUAUGCAUCUCCCCCUCCAAGAGAUGGAACGCGCUUUGUUGUCAAAGUGCAAACGCUCGAGAGUUUGUUCUUUGGCAUGAUCUUUGACCCAAAGGGAUACUUCAGCGAAAAAUGCAACUCCCAAAAUACAAAGAUUCUAAUCUAUGAUCGCAGUCGGACCGUCGAUUUUGAAACAGGAAAUCAACCAAAACUGUAUCACUUAAUAAUGGAGUGUGGAGUGACUGGAGCUACUAUGAGCCUUACCAAGAAAGUUUACUGUUGGGCGUCAUUUAAAGACGUCAAAACACUCCAAAUUUUUACUCAUGAGUUUCCUACAUUACAGAAGUGGUGA